AUGCCCACGAUGCGAUUCCUCCAACACAAAGUUCUGUUACUACAACACUACAACCUCACUCAGCCACGCUACUUCUGCAAGACUUGCCGACGUUACUGGACUAAAGGUGGAGCCCUCCGUAAUGUUCCCAUCGGUGGUGGCUGCCGGAAAAACAAGGGAACCACCAUAGCAGCUGCUUUAGCAAACCAUAAUAUUUCCAACACCUCAAAGCUGAAGGCGGUUCUUUCUUCCGAGCUCGGAAAAACAGGCUUCAUGAACGGGUUUCAGCAUUCCGACCCGAUCUUUUGGGCUAGCUUACCUCAAACCUCUCAUCUUCUUCCCUUACUACGACCCACACAAAACCCUAACCCUAAUUUUGCGUUAAACCCAGUCACCCACACAAACACGUUCAGUUCAUCUUGGAGAAACAGUCAAACGGAGCAAAAUCAACGUGAGGAAAACGGAGGGAUUAUAAACACAGGAAACAAUCUUAAUCUAGGUCGAAUGUAUCAACGGAUAAGAUCGUUUCCAACAAACUAUAAUUACCAUCAUGAUAAUCAGACACCACCUGUGAUGAAUACUUUAUCUUCAUCUGUAAUGGAGUCUGCUCCCGCUGUUUCAAAUGGUGAGUCGGGUUUAUGGAAUCCGACACCUCCAUGGUCGGAUCUGCUGUUAACCAAUGCUGCAUAUCGUUAA